AUGGGAGAAAACGCGGACGGCGCACGUUGUGCCGCCCACGGAGCGCGCCAUGGACGACGAGGGUCGGUGGAGAUCGAGGAACUCUUCGCUCUGCUCAACCAAAGGCAGGAAACGGGAGGCGAGGCUGAAGGGCACGGGCCCAACGAAGAAGGCGCGGGUCGUGAUGGAGUUGGUGCUAGCCCCGAUCAGAACGUUCGACCAAUCAACGAGGUGACGUCUUCCGGCAUGUUUGGGCUGGACGGACCGCCAGACGUGGCGGAUGUCGAGAAGCUGCGGUUUGCCUGUGACGCUGUUGGCGCAGGUGCCGACGACGGCCGCGCGGGCCCGAGCGUGGGUCGGAUCCUCGGUGGGGUCGAGGGCGUGGCGACGAUGGCAGUGAGCCAUACAUUCGAGUCUCGCGGGGAUGAGUUUGCCGACUCCUUUGAGACGUCCUUCUUCGCCAGAACGUUCCCGACCCUGUUCCCAUUUGGCGUUGGGGACCAAGGGGCGGCAGCGGGAGACAUCGUAUCCUCCCGAAGCUUGAACCUCCGGAUUUGGGCCGACAUCGUGCUCCGGCGCCAUGGUGGCCGGUUUGCGUUGCACCACAUAUUUGCAUUUCUCGUCUUCAACAUGGGGGUGCGGUCGAGGAACCGCCGCGUCAGCAUGCUGAGUGUGGCGAGGAAGGACUUCGGCAAGGUCGAGCGCGUUGCCCGCUCGAUGACCGCGCAAAGGUUAGCGGCGGCGAGGGUCGAGUUGGAGAGCUCGGGCAAGACGACCGAUGAGGGCGUGAAGGAGCUUCUCAGGAGCCUCUCGCUGUACGGCCACCGGCAACCCAUGUCGAGAGAGGUUCGGCUCAAUAUGCGGCGGAAAAUCCAGUCGCUCAUCGUUGGCUACGGCGUUCCGGCCAUCUGGUUCACCAUCAACCCAAACGACAUUACGAACCCGGUGAAGCUGCGACUGGCGGCAUAUCGGACACGCGAUCCCGGCGCGGCCGAGGAGUUCCUAGAAGGCCUUGGGAGUGCGUACAAGCGGACAAGGCUGGCCAUGUCCGAUCCGAUGAGCGCCGCCGUAUUCUUCCACCGGGAGAUGAAGCUGUUCUUCGAUCAUUACGUGAAGGUCGGAGAAGACUCGAUGCUUGCCGACAUCCACGGGGAGGAUCAGGCGGCGUAUCGCGAGCGAAUCAUACGAUACGUCGAUAGUGUCUUCUCCGAGGAUCUGGAUCAGGAAGGGUUCUGCGCCGUGCAAGCGGAGCGAUCUGUGACGUCCGAUAUUUCCUCCCUGCUGGACAACACCGAGCAGUUUUCGGCCGCAUUUGACGAGGAGGCCAACUUCUGUGCCGGCGCUACACAGGUUCACACGCAUAGCCCGACCUGUGUCAACGCCUGGGCGUACCUGAACACAUCUCUGCUGUACUGGGAAGUCUUUCGACGGUGGCCGUAUCUCCGACGAGCAAGUGGCGCGGCGGCCAUAGAUGAUACUCUGGAUGAGUCGGUGCUCAGGCGGCCGGGCAAGCAUGCUACCGUCUGCCUCGAUGGCUACCUGAGCAAGGACUUCGGCCACAACGACGACGAGGAGUCGUGCCACCGGAGGGCAGCCGUGCAGCAUCUUGCGCUAUUUGUGCCGUGGGAGUCCUUUCUGUGCGAAGAAACAGGUGAGAUCAAUAGCAUCUGGGAGCGGGCGCGAGAGGCGCUGGCCCCGAGAAUAUCAUGUCUCGUCGACAACGUGCAGCUGCUUCGACGAUCAGCCGAAGACGCAAAGCGCGACGCCAAGCAAUGGGCGGCCUCAUCCGGCGAUGGCGAUUCCACGGUCGCCCACGUCGAGGAGGGCGAGACAGGCGAGGCGGGCGCAGAAUUUGCAGCGACGUAUCGGUCCAACAACAUCGGAGACGCAACGCGCCUGAUCGACGUCGUCCGAGGCGCAGUGGGCACGAAUCAGGUGACGGCCAAGUCGCCGGAGCUCAUGGCAAUGAUGCGGCAGCUCUGUCGAUUCCAGCAAUCGGCGCUCUGCUCAACGGCCGAGCUCGAGGCCAUCGCGAUUCCCGAACAAGGGUUGAGGUGCAUAAGCAUGCCAGGGCGGGUAUUUUCCGGGGCCGCACUACCGCCGCAGGAUCAGGUCAAGGCUAUCAAGUCGCAGCAGAUAAGUGCGUCGAGGAAAGGAGAGAAUGAUCCAAGGCGUACAAACCACAGUCGCAGUCCGGGAAAGCGAUCGCCGAGCUGCGUUGCGGAGGGUGAUGACCGGCUUCGGGAGGACGACGUCGAAAUGACGACAGCCGACUCCGACGAGACGGCUAGCGACGCAGAAGCGGGAAUGCGCGUCCAGCUUGGCCCAUCGACCUCCUUCUUCGCGGCGGGCAAGGAGUUGUCGACACGGCUAACGCUGAACAAGAGGCAGUCGAUCGCUUUCCUAAUAAUAUGCCGCCAGCUCGAUUUGAUGCGACAAACGAAUAGGGGCGAUGCCGGCCAGCUCUGCCAGUUCGUCGGCGGCGAGGGGGGCACCGGCAAGUCGCGGAUCAUUGGGGCACUCGUCGAGCUGUUCAGUGGGAAGAGCCUUUCGAAUCGUCUGCUGAUCACGGCGACGUCAGGGACUGCCGCGGCGCAGAUCAACGGCAUCACGAUCCACCCGCCUGCGGGUUCACUAAAGACCAAGGGCGGGCGGCGCGAACACAGCCAAGGACCUUGA